AUGAGCUACUGGUACAGCCUAAAGCCACAGUUCCUGUUGAUCUACCUUGUUUCGGCCUGUGUCAAAGUAGAAACAAAACUUGUCCCGUCAAUUUAUCAAGCUGUCAUUAUUAUUUUCUUAUGCAAACUACAAAGUAUAGCAUGUGGUUCAAUACGUAGAUGCAUGUUUUCCGGAGGUGUGCUAAACUGGAAGAAGCUUACUAAAUACCCGAGGUCUGUCUACUCCAGUCAGUCUGAGCAUUUUGCGAUAUCAUUAUCAAGAUUAUUACCAGAAGUCGUUACUGCCAUUAAUUAUUCCUGCACCACCACAAUUACCAAAUCUUCACCAGCCCCUCCAUUGAACCAAUCCCGUCAUGCUCUUCCUUGUGAAGCCAGACUCCGAAGUCCUGAAAAUCAUUCAGUCCUGUAG